UUCCACUUCAACUUUUCAUUCAUUCAAACUCGCAAAAAGACAAAACAAAAACCCUCCCAAAAUGGCGAUAAUUUGCACAGCAACAACAACAUCUCCGGCAGAGAAAGAACAAGAACCAAAACAAAGUCUUGAAAACGAUCAAACUCUUCCAUUAGUUUUCAACCCUUCUCUUCUUAACCUCCAAUCUCAAAUCCCAAACCAAUUCAUUUGGCCAGACGAAGAGAAACCUUCCAUUGAUAUUCCCGAGCUCAGCGUCCCUUUCAUCGAUCUUUCAAGCCAAGACUCAACUCUAGAGGCUCCUAAACUCAUCGAAGAAGCUUGCACCAAACAUGGUUUCUUUCUCGUCGUUAAUCAUGGAGUCAGCGAAUCCCUCAUAUCCGAGGCUCACAAUCUCAUGGAAAGUUUCUUCGACAUGCCUCUAGCCGAAAAGCAGAGAGCUCAGAGAAAACUCGGUGAGAGCAGUGGCUACGCCAGUAGUUUCACUGGAAGAUUUUCCACCAAGCUCCCAUGGAAGGAGACUCUCUCUUUCCGUUUUUCCAACGAGAUUAGUGGAUCAAGGACCGUUCAUGAUUACUUCUCCGAUACAUUAGGACAAAAGUUCGAGAAAUUUGGGAAUGUGUACCAAGACUACUGUGAAGCAAUGAGCUCCCUGUCACUAAAGAUCAUGGAGCUUCUUGGGCAAAGUUUAGGCGUAAACCAUGACUAUUUUAGAAAUUUUUUCGAAGAGAAUGAUUCGAUAAUGAGGCUAAACCAUUACCCUCCUUGUCAGACACCAGAUCUUACAUUAGGUACAGGACCUCAUUGUGAUCCAAGCUCUUUGACCAUCCUUCACCAAGAUCAUGUCAAUGGCCUUCAAGUCUUUGUUGACAAUCAGUGGCAAUCCAUUCUCCCCAAUCCUAAGGCUUUUGUCGUCAAUAUCGGUGACACUUUCAUGGCUCUAUCGAACGGGAUAUUCAAGAGUUGCUUGCAUAGAGCGGUUGUAAAUAGAGAGAGUGCAAGGAAAUCGAUGGCGUUCUUCUUGUGUCCAAAUAAGGACAAACUUGUGAAGCCACCAAGUGAGAUUUUGGAGACGACACCAAGAAGAUACCCUGAUUUCACUUGGCCUAUGUUUCUUGACUUUACUCAAAAACAUUACAGAGCAGAUGAAAAUACUCUCGAUUCCUUUUCAAAUUGGGUCAUCACCAACAAAAAUCCCAUCUAAGAACCAUAUAAUUACUAUCGAAAUCUUGUUUCUAUUAGUUACUAUGCAUCUUUUGUUCUCGGGGUGAAAUGCAUUCACAAGGUUUCAAAGCCUUUUAGUUUUAUUUUGGUCACAAUGGUUUCAAAAUUCAAAAACGUUUGUAUAUUGUC